AAGACUGCUGCUGCUCCAAAAACUUUUUUUUAGCUGCUGCCCCCAAAACUAGAUGCUCUGCCUUCUUCCAACAUAUUUUUAAGCAAAGCUCUGCCUCCUUCCAAACAAUGGGAGUCACGGAAUACUGUAGUAUAAAUUUUGGACAAGAAAUGCGCCGGCCCAGCCCGGCCCAGUAGGCUGAGCUGGAGACUAGGCAGCGAGUCGUGAUCGUUUGAUUCAGAUCCACGGGAGGGGGCAGCGACGCCGCCCGACUCCCCAGCCGCCGGACAUGAAGGUGAUGGCGGCGGCGGCGGCGGAGGCUGCGGCGCCCGCACCCAAGAGGAGCACAUCCGAUGAAGCGGCCGGGCCCAGGUCACAGAAACGGGCACGUGAUAGCUUCUGCGACGGCAACGCCAUCAGCCACGGCGAUCUCAUCAGCGACCUUCCCGACGCCAUCCUCGGCACCAUCUUCUCCCUGCUCCCCACCAAGGACGGCGCCCGCACGCAGGCCAUCUCCCGGCGAUGGCGUCCCCUAUGGCGCUCCUCGCCUCUCAACCUCGACGUCCCGUACCACCCCGUCGGAGAUCGGUUCGAGCGUCUCUCCGCCGUCUCCAGGAUCCUGUCGGACCACCCUGGCCCCGCACGCCGCUUCGACGUCUUUCUCGUCCGCCUCCACAGAGAGAGAAAAAGGUACGACGAAGAUGCCGCUCAGAUCGACAGCUGGUUCCAUUCCCGAGCCCUUGACAACCUUCAGGAGCUCCACAUCAGCUUCGCGCUCUUGGAAUAUACGCGUGGACGGCCUGAGAAGGACAAGCGCUGCCUGCUGCCGCCGUCUGUGCUCCGCUCAGCAUCAACCCUCCUCUUGGUCAGCAUUGGCUCCUGCGAUUUCCCAAGGGAGAUGGCACCUUCUCUGAACUUCCCCCUCCUCAAGCAGCUCAAGCUAUGGAGCGUUUCCAUCUCCGAGGAUGUCUUCUCGAGGGUGCUCUCUAGCUGCCAUGUCUUGGAGAGCUUACAUUUGUCGAGGAUUCUCGAGGGGUCUUGCCUUUGCAUUAGUUCACCAACUCUUAGGAUCAUCGUCACCCUUCGUUUGUUCGAAGGCAAAGGAAAAUUGGUCAUUAAGGAGGCCCCUCAUCUUGAAAGGCUGCUAUUACGUUCUCCGGGCUUAGGUGUCGAGACUAUCCAGGUAGUUAGGGCACCUAAACUGGAGACAGUGGGCCUUUUGUCUCCCUGCACCUUACAAAUUCAGAUCAACAAUCUAGUCUUCCAGGGAUUAAUCCCAUCGAGCUUGGAAAACCCAAUACGCAGUGUAAAGGUUUUGGCUCUCCAGUUCUGUGGCCCUGAUUUGAACUCGGUCUACUAAAAGUGGAAAAUAGAUCUUCUCAAGAGGCUCAACUGGAAUUCAGAAGUGGCUAUUUUCACUGGGAUCUGUAUUUGGAUACCCGUGACUUGUCGGUUGCCGACCCUUUCGACUGUUGUUUUCAAGAGGGGGUAGAUGCUCUUUCAGAAGAAGCAUAUCUGUGAUCUGUCCAUGGCUUAUCCCAUUGACGCCUUCUUUUGCAGAUUAUGUUGAUACCUGAAGAUUGUGUUGUCUUAUGUCUAAAAGAAAGAGUAUGGAAUUCUAGUUUCAGUCAGCAGUGCAUGCUUGUGUUACAAAUCUGCUAGUUUCAAUCAGCGCAUCAUGCUUGUGUUGAAGACUAAAUUAUCCUUUCUUCUUUCAGACAAAAGUAUGUGAUUCUUUUUAAUACUCUGAGUUAAUGCUUGCGAAAGGGCAACCUAGUACAGUCACUUUAUACAGUUUUUAUUUCCCUUGGACCCCUUGUCACUGUUGAGCCAAUGAUGCAAUUGAUCUACUAAGUACUAACAAUCACGUGUAUGUGCAUUCACCAACAAUCACAUAUACUUACUGUUUCCUUGUUUGAUCUUACACACGAAUGUUAUAUUUCGGGACACUGCGACUACUGUGUGCAACUUCUCCUUGCAUAGGUACAAUCUAGCCCAUUUCGCCUAGAAGUCUGGUAUUAAUUUAUUUUUCUACAUUUUUGAAUUGGAAAAAUACCAAUAAACUAGGGAGAUGGUUUUUCAUGGUAUGUGUACUCGGUCCCGUUUUCCUUUAAUAUCAUUGCUUGUAUAUCCCUUCCUCUUCAGCAACAGCUAUUCUGGAAGCAAACCAAGAUGAGUUACAGAAAUACUACAAGUCGUCUCUACUGGUAAAUUUAUAUAUGCCAGUUUAUCAGCAAGUCAAUAGAAUUUUUCCCCUAUGUAGUUCUCUUCGUAGAUUCACUAGAUUGCGUUUGCCUUGCUCGCACAGCAUUUCAUGCUACAUUCACCUUCUGCUGCUAGACUGCUACUAUCUCUUUCACAGUAUUUUCCAAUCAGUGUCUAAAUCAAAGAUCUAAGGCACAGCAACACCAUCAUGAUCGCUCAGGAUUUCAUCCGUCUUUCGCGUUUGAUCAGUGCAGCCAGGAUCAUUUUUGAGGAGGGGGUGCCCGACACUAUCAGAUAGAACUCCACGGCCCCGGGAGAGAACUCUACUGCUCCUGCAUAUCUUCUGCAAUUCCCACAAGUGAGCAACAACAAUCUCCGAUCCAUGCUCUGGAAGGUCUGGGCGCCGGUAAAGGCAAAGAUUUUGUCAUGGCUCCUCCACCAAAACCGCCUGUGGUGCAACGACCGUCUGCAAUGGCGCGGCUGGGUCAACGGGUAUUUCUGCCACCUAUGCUUCAGGAAUCUGGAGUCCUCCUUCCAUCUGUUCUGGGGCUGCAAUGUGGCCGUGGCCGUGGCCAUCUGGAAUCAGGCCGCCAGCUGGAAUGGGUGUAGUGCACUGAAGCAGGAAAAUUGGGCUAACGCAAAAGCAUCAACGGAGACGGCCUCUUGCAUCAUCAACUGCAGCGCGCCAAGACAAGCAAGAGGAGGAAUCAAGUCCAUGAUCAUCUUGAUCACAUCGGAGAUAUGGCAGUAGCGCAACAACUAUGUGUUCAGGGGGAAGCAACGGCGAUCAGGGACGUGAUCAAGGCCAUAAGAUCAACGCUUGAAUUAUGGCACCUCGCGGGAACAAAAAAUUUGGAGAGCCCCUUCAAGGAUCCGCCAUGAGAGUCAGACUAGCUGCUCUGCCUCCGGGCAUUUUUCUUUCUUUUUUCAUCUUCUCUUUUCCUCC